UUCACCAGUAUAGAGCUGGGACUGAUCCUGCUCCACAGUACAGUGCUGGGACUGAUCCUGCUUCACCAGUACAGAGCUGGGACUGAUUCUGCUUCACCAGUACAGAGCUGGGACUGAUCCUGCUUCACCAGUAUAGAGCUGGGACUGAUCCUGCUUCACCAGUACAGAGCUGGGACUGAUUCUGCUUCACCAGUACAGAGCUGGGACUGAUUCUGCUUCACCAGUACAGAGCUGGGACUGAUCCUGCUUCACCAGUAUAGAACUGGGACUGAUCCUGCUCCACAGUACAAAGCUGGGACUGAUCCUGCUUCACCAGUAUAGAGCUGGGACUGAUUCUGCGCCACCAGUACAGAGCUGGGACUGAUCCUGCUCCACCAGUACAGAGCUGGGACUGAUCCUGCUUCACCAGUAUAGAGCUGGGACUGAUUCUGCGCCACCAGUACAGAGCUGGGACUGAUCCUGCUUCAUCAGUAUAGAGCUGGGACUUAUUCUGCUCCACCAAUAUAGUGCUGGGACUUAUUCUGCUCCACCAGUAUAGAGCUGGGACUGAUCCUGCUCCACCAGUACAGUGCUGGGACUGAUCCUGCUCCACCAGUACAGUGCUGGGACUGAUCCUGCUCCACCAGUAUAGAGCUGGGACUGGUCCUGCUAUACAGUAUAGAGAAGGAACUGGUCCUCAGUAUAGAGCUGGUGUGUGCUGCAGGGUGCUCUGCUCCUCAGUAUAGAGCUGGUGUGUGCUGCAGGGUGCUCUGCUCCUCAGUAUAGAGCUGCUGGGUGCUCUCCCUCCUCUCUGGAUCUACCCUCUAUUACCACUAUCUGGACUUACAGGUGGUCUGGUGGAGUCUUCGUUGUUGGCCUGGUGGUCUGGUGGAGUCUUCGUUGUUGGCCUGGUGGUCUGGUGGAGUCUUCAUUGUUGGCCUGGUGGUCUGGUGGAGUCUUCAUUGUUGGUCUGGUGGAGUCUUCAUUGUUGGCCUGGUGGAGUCUUCAUUGUUGGCCUGGUGGUCUGGUGGAGUCUUUAUUGUUGGCCUGGUGGUCUGGUGGAGUCUUCGUUGUUGCCUGCAGGUCUUGGAGGACCCUUCUUCCCCAGAAGUCGUCUCUAUCUUCAGGACUGAGCUGUCUCUGGUGCAGACAUCAUGGUUCCUCCCUUGAUGCCCGCUGCAUAACGCUGAUCCCUCGGUGGCAUUUCUAGACCCCGCGCCAACCUCGGACUUGCUUUCAAUCCUUUCCUGUUUUGGACUAUUUUGUGGCUCUUAAAAAAAAAAUAAAAAAAAAUGAAGAUUCACUUUUUUAUUGGGACUGUAUUAACCUUCAUUCUUCAUACGAGGAUCUGCCAAAGCAUCAAAUGGCUAGCAUUGUCAAAGACCUCUACGUCCCUGGCCCUGAAUCAGACGCAGCACUGUAAGCAGCUGGACGGUCUGGUCUCCUCCCAGAUGCAGCUCUGCAGAAGUAACCUGGAGCUCAUGCAGACCAUCAUCCAGGCGGCCAAAGAGGUGAAGAAGACCUGCAUUAAAGCUUUCUCCGACAUGAGGUGGAACUGCUCGUCCAUAGAGCUGGCACCAAACUUCAACCAGGAUUUGGAAAGAGGGACAAGAGAGUCAGCCUUUGUAUACGCCCUGUCUGCUGCCACCAUAAGCCACACGAUUGCUAGGGCUUGUACCGUUGGGGACUUACCGGGUUGUUCUUGUGGUCCCAUACCUGGGGAGACACUGGACCAAGGUUCCCGUUGGGGAGGAUGUGCUGACAACAUCAACUAUGGAAUAAUGAUGGGCUCCAAAUUCUCUGAUGCCCCGAUGAAGAUGAAGAAGGCAGGAUCUCAAGCCAACAAACUAAUGCAUCUCCACAACAGUGAGGUGGGGAGACAGGUGUUGAAAACCUCUUUGGAGCUAAAAUGUAAAUGCCAUGGAGUUUCGGGGUCCUGCUCGAUUAAGACUUGUUGGAAAGGCUUGCUGGAGCUUCGAGAGAUCGCCUUAGAGCUUAAAACAAAGUAUCUGUCAGCAACAAAGGUCGUGCACCGACCGAUGGGUACGCGGAAACAACUAGUGCCAAAGGACCUGGAUAUUCGGCCCGUGCGGGAAUCGGAACUUAUAUAUCUUCAAAGCUCUCCAGAUUUUUGUCUAAAGAAUGAGAAGUUGGGAUCUCACGGGACACAAGACCGACAAUGCAAUAAAACCUCCUUCGGAAGCGACAGUUGUGAUUUAAUGUGCUGCGGCCGAGGAUACAACCCUUACAUGGACACCGUGGUGGAGCGGUGUCACUGCAAAUACCAUUGGUGUUGCUAUGUAACUUGCAAAAAAUGCGAGAGGACUGUGGAGAGAUACGUUUGCAAAUAAAAAGCAAAAAAAAAAAAACAACAACAAAGCAAAAGCAAAAAUAAAAAUAAAUAAAAAUGUUUUUGAAUCCAUUCAAGACCUCACUAAAAAACAAACAAAAUGUAACAUAGAAACCAGAGCACUAACCGGCGGAAGUUCUUCCUACCAUCUUCGAUUUUAAAGUUGUGCCAAACGAACGAGACGUAAUAAUAGGCAAGAGUGUAAGGAAAAUAUCAGGACCGACAUGAAUGUUUUUCGAAAUUGCAAACAAUAAAAAAAAAAAAAAAAACAAAGACUUUGGCGGCCGUUAUGGUCGACCAACCACCUCCUGGUGUCUGCCACAUUGUAAAUAUUCAUGACUCUAUUCCUUUGUCGCAGUAGUGGUUCGCCAUGGUACUGUUGGGACCGGCGAGGAAAGAAUAAGGGAUUUUUUUUUUUUUUCGUUUUAACGUAACCUGUGAAGAAAAAUUCUGGACUGGACUUUGAAGCCCUUUCACCGAUAUCAUUUAAUGGGGGCUCUACCUGGAGAAACAAAAAAAACUGAGUGCAAUUAAACCCAUAUCAGGCUCACUUUCUAAUGCUGGGAGGAUAUCCCCAUAGGAACUGCACAGCUCCCGGGACGUGAGUCAUCAGAGAGCAGUUAGACAGAAAACAACAACUCAACUUCAGAAGCUAAUAACUAUUGGAAGGAUUAAUAUUUUUUAAUAGAAGUAAUUUACAAAUCUGUUUAACUUUCUGGAGCCAGUUGAUAUAUAAAAAAAAGUUUUGGCCUGAAAUACCCCUUUAAGAUUUUUUAAUAGAAGUCAUUUACAAAUCUGUUUAACUUUCUGGAGCCAGUUGAGAUAUAUAUAUAUAUAUAUAUAUAAGUUUUUUCCUGGAGAACCCCUUUAAACAGAUUUGCAAAUGACUUCUAUUUAAAAAUCUUAACCCUUCCAGUACUUAUCAGCUGCUGCAUGCUCCAGAGGAAGUUGUGUGGUUCAUUCCAGUCUGACCACAGUGCUCUCUGCUGACACCUCUGUCCGUGUCAGGAACUGUCCGGAGUAGUAGAGGUUUUGCUAUGGGCAUUUUACUCCUGCUCUAAACAAUUCCUGACAUGGACAGAGGUGUCAGCAGAGAGCACUGUGGUCAGACUGGAAUGAACGACACAACUUCUUGUGGAGCAUAAAGCAGCUGAUAAGUACUGGAAGUACUUAUAUAAGUAUUAUAUAAGUCUUUUAUAUAGAAGUAAUUUACAGAUCUGUAAAACUUUCUGGCACCAAUUGAUUCGAAAACAUUUUUUCCCCCCCUCUGGAGUACCCCUUUAAAGAGGUAUUAUAAAGGGG